AUGUCGAAAUCUCGUAGUCAGUCAUCUGUACCAGCAUUUUUGUAGAAAACAUAUGAUAUUUUGGAAGUAUGGUACUCCAUUUAAUUACUAGAAUCCUUAAUUGUAAGAUAUUGUAGGUUGGAAUGAAGAUGGUUCAGGAUUUCUUGUAAAAAACGUGAUAGCCUUCUAAGAUCAGGUUCUACCCAUGUACUUUAAGCAUCGAAACUUUGCAUCGUUUGUUCGAUAAGUAACUAAUAAAAGUGAGCAUUAAAUAGAUGAAUAUGUAUGGGUUCCAUAAGUCAAGAAGUGAUUUAAAGGAAAACGAAUUCAUUCAUCCUCAUUUUAAGAAGGACUAAAGGUAUUUUUGUAUUUAAUUGAAGAAAUCUUUUAAAAAAAAUAAAAAGAAAGUCAGGUGAACAUAUUGACGAGCAAUUUGCAAUAAUGGAACUGAAACCACAUAGAAAUACAAAUUUAUAAGAUGUUAAUUAUAAGUUUUAUUAUUAAUUAGAAAUAAAUUUAAGAAAUAUUAACUAAAUAAUAGGAGUUAGAGAAAGUUUGUAAAAUAUUGAUUGAAUAAAAUAAUAAAAUACUACAAUGCAAUCAGCAACUCAGGAAUCAAUUGGUUCAAGAGAAGUAUCUAUUUGAAUUUAAGUAGAAUAAUUGGUAAUAAAAAGAUUCAGAAAUUGAAGGACUACUUUAUAGGAUAACAAUAGAUACAAACUCUAGAAGAUGAUCCUCUACAAGUAAUGCAUAUUUAAUUAGGAACUAGAAAAGAUAAUCUGGGAGAUUGUAUUAGACUUUGGAAUCUGAUAAUGAAGAUCUGAUUGUGGUGAAUAAGAAAAAGGUGAAGGAAGAUGAUUCUGAUAGCACUAUUGAGAGAAUGGGACAUCAAUAUCCACCUUUGAUGUUAACAAAUGCAGAAAAUCAAGAUGCUUUAGAGUAAAAUGACGAUGGAAUAAUUCAGUUGUUGGGAGAUCAACAAUUGGAUGAUUUAUACUUUGAUUGA